GUCAUUUAGUGAUGGAUUUGAUUCUUGUAGAGAUGAAAGUGAAAGAAGAUAGAAUCAUCUGAUUCAUUUCUCCUGAAUGAUAUUUUUCCAUCAAGUAAUCAGAUCUUCAAUCAUAAGAUGAUUAUACCAGUCAUUCUGCUACUGACAUCGAUAUUACUAUAUAUCUAUGUGUAUAUAUUCAAACCCCUUUGUUACUGGAAAGAGCUUGGUGUUGAUCAAGACGAUCCAUGGGAGUUGCUAAAAAGUGUUCUUCUAACAUUCUACAGCGUGAUUUGGAAACGUGAGGAUCCUUUGGUAUCAGUGAGAAGUCGAUAUUCUAAAUUUCCCGGAAAAAGAUAUUAUGGAAUUUAUGAAUUGACUUCUCCUGGUCUGAUGCUCAGGGAUCCAGACCUGGUCAGUCAGAUGCUGGUUACUGAUUAUGUGCAUUUCAAUGAUCAUAGGGUACUCAUACACGAUGAUCUUGAUCCACUAUUCACGAAAUGCAUUUUUGCACUGAAAGGUGAAGAGUGGCAAAAAAUAAGGAAAACUGUCACUCCAUCCUCCACCAGUAGCAAAAUCAAGACACAGGUUGACACUCUGAGCGAAUACUCUCAGAAAUUUGCUGAGCACCAUCUGAGGCCUGAUGGAGAAAUUGUUGAAAUUGAAAUGAGAGACGUGACCACUCGCUUCUGUAACGACGUUUCAGCUAAGUUAUCAUUCGGCAUCAGUAUCGAUUCUUUCGCUGAGCCUGACAACGAAUUUUGGCGAAUGUGUCACAGAGCUGUUGAUACGAUAAGCAUGAGAAAAGUGCUGUCUUUCACUGUGUAUCUGAUAGCACCAAAGCUGGUCAAGUUUUUGAAAAUGAAGAUUGUGGACAAUGAAGCAGAUUCUUUCUUCAGACAAGUGAUAAGCGAAACUAUGAAAAUCAGAGAAGAAGAAAGACAAAAUGGUGUCAAUGGCUCUGACUUGAUACACUUGCUCUUAGAGGGAAGAAAUAGAGCUAAGUUGAAUCAUGGAAAAGUGGCCAAAGGUUCUUAUAAAAGUUAUAAUGCAGAUUGGUCAAACAUAGAAAUCAUUGCUCAGGCUUUUUUCUUCCACUUCGCUUCCUGUGCUCCCGCUCCUACGCUACUGAGUUUCAUGGCAUACGAGAUUGCUGUGAAUCCAGAUGUUCAAGACAAGCUCCGAAGGGAAGUCUACGAUAUCCAUGACACUUGUGGUGGAAAAUUGACGUAUGCUUGCACCAACCAAAUGGAAUACAUGGAUAUGGUUGUUCAUGAGACCAUGAGGAAAUGGCCGUCAGUCAUAGAAGUCGACCGAAUUUGCUCCAAAGACUAUACCAUCGAACCAGUCUUGCCAGGAGAGAAACCAGUUCAUGUCAAAAGAGGCUCGAGGAUAAUAGCCCCAAUCUACAGCCUGCAACACGACCCCAAGUACUACCCAGAUCCAGAGAAAUUCGAUCCAGAAAGAUGGAACGAGCAAAACAAACGCAAUAUCAAGCCUAACACUUUCACCCCCUUUGGUUUCGGUUCUAGAACUUGCAUGGGGGGUAAAUUCUCGGUACUGCAGGCAAAAAUUUUGUACUAUCACGUCCUGCUGAGGUUCGAGAUAGUCCCGGUUGAGGCUACUAAGGUACCUUUGGAAGUCGCCAAGAUCCCACGGCUGAAUGCUGCAGGAGGACUUUGGUUGGGGCUGAAACCUCUUGCUGAUUUCUAGUUGUAAUGGGCGUUUUGAAACUGACCUCAAUAAAAAAAUCGUAUAAAUGUG